UUUAAUUUUAUAUCUCUUUUCAUUGUUCUGUUUCAUUUUUGGGGCAAAAAGUAAUCCAAACUCCAUUAUCGUUCCAUGCAAGAUUAAUGAUGAAGAAUGUAUGACGAAAUCAGCAAACAUAGCAGCUCGUCUCAUAGGAAAAGGUGUUCCGUCUUUGGGUAUCGAAUCUACAGAUCCAAUAAAAAUUGAUUUACUCGAUAUUAAACUUCCUACCAUUCAAUUAACAUACAAAGAAACAACUAUUAAAGGAUACUCGAAAUGUGAAGUUCAAAAUGUCAAAUUUAAUAUGGAUGCUUUAAAGUUAAAAUUUGAUUUGAAAUGUCCAUCGUUAGAGGUGAUUGGACACUAUGUGGUCUCUGGUGACCUAUUAUCACUUCCCUUGGAAGGGCAAGGACCAUGUAAAACCACCACAGGUACCUUUUUAAUACGUAUAGACGCUGAUUUGAAACGUGUCACUGGCGACGAUGGAAAAACAUAUCUGGCUAUAAAGAAAUUUAAGCAAGUUUCAGAAGCUUUAGAACCAGUUAAAUUUCAAUAUGACAACUUAUUUAAUGGACAAAAAGAAUUAUCGGACGCUGCUCAUGCAUUUGCACAUGAACAUUAUAAAGAAGUAAUGGCACUAUUUCAAGAUCCUAUACAAGAUGCAAACUUCAAAUAUCUAUCAAAGUGCAUCAACCAAUUACUUAAAACUACGCCUAUUGAUGAUUUGUUUAUUCAUUAG